GGUAGUCCUAGUAAUAGCGUCUAAUCAAGCAGACGUUCGAUAGAAGAUAUAACUAACAUAUUUUUUAAUUGUUAAUUUAAAUAUUAAUUUCGCUUAUCAUGAAUAAUGAACAAGAUAUAAAACAUGAAACACCGAUACAAAAUUUUUACGCCGGACAAUCGAUCUUUAUUACAGGGUGUACCGGAUUUCUUGGACAGAUCUUAAUCGAGAAACUAUUACGAAGUUGCCCCGACAUUUCGACGAUGUACUUAUUAAUACGGUCGAAAAAAGACAAGAGUCCCGAAAGUCGACUGAACGAAAUGUUUAAGAGUUCGCUUUAUGACCGUAUGAAAAAGAAAAUACCUAAUUUCCGUAAAAAAGUCGUGCCAAUCGUAGGCAAUCUCGAUUGCAAGAACUUAGGUUUGUCGGAAAAUGAUAAGAACAUUUUAAUAUAUAAGGUAUCCAUAAUUUUUCACCUUGCAGCUAAUGUACGCUUUCAGGAGAAAAUCAAAUCUCAAAUACAAACAAAUAUUUGCGCUACCGAUACCAUUUUGCGCAUCGCCAAACUUAUGCCAUACUUAAAGUCAUUUAUCUAUGUGUCAACCAUAUAUGCGAAUUUCUGCGUGAAACAUAUCGAAGAACAUGUUUACACUUAUCCUAUUAAUUACAAAGAUCUUAUUACGCUUACACAUAUCUUAUCCGAAAAUACAAUGGAGGAAAAGAAAGCCAAAAUUACCUCACAAUGGCCGAAUACAUAUACAUUCACAAAAGCGAUUGCGGAAGGGCUUCUCAGAGAUGAAGGCGGAGAUUUACCAAUUGGAAUAUUUCGGCCUGCCAUAAUUACAUCUACCGCUAACGAACCGCUCGUCGGAUGGAACAACAACUUUUUAGGGGAAAUAGGGCUAACGGUGUUUAUAUCGAGUGGUUUUCAAAGAUUUAUGCUAUGCAAUCCUUAUAUCCCUGCAAAUUUUGUUCCCGUUGAUCUCACCGGAAACGCAUUAAUUGCAAGCGCGUGGGAUGUUUUUAUUCAAUUCAGGAGAGGCAAAGACAUGUUAAUUUAUAAUUUCGUACCGCCGGCUGACGCGCCUACUAUAGGUGAAUGGUUCUAUAAAAUCGCCGACAUAACGAAGACAUAUCCCUUGCCCAAAGCUCAAUGGAGGCCCUUUGUAAUAAUGUUACAACGAAAAAUGCUAUAUAGAAUUUGCAUUUGGCUCGGUCACUUGCUUCCGGCUUUACUAGUGGACACAAUAAGCAUUUGCAUGAAUUAUCGUCCGAGAAUGUGGAAAUUAUAUAGAAAGAUUCAUAGUAGAUCCUACGAAAUGGCACCCUUUCUUACAAGGCGAUGGAGUUAUUCCUAUGACAACGUUGAAGCGAUGUGGAAUCGUCUGAAUGAGCAGGAUCAGCAAUUAUUUAAAUUUUACAUGAAGAAAUUUGACUGGACGAAUUAUUUUGUUAAUCAUUACAAAGGCGUACGCUUUUUUAUACUCAACGAAGAUGACAGUACUUUAGAAAUCAGUCGUAUUAGAGAUAAACGACUUUACUGGAUACACCAAACCUUCAAAACUCUAUUUGUCUUUGCUAUCGUUUGGAUCAUCUGGAUUAUAUUUAUAAAAGUAUUCACAUAAUUUUUACACAUUUCUUUACACAUAUUAAAUUUUUCUUCUAUUAAAUAUUCACCUUAAGGAGAUGUACCACCCUUCUUAGAGCGUGGCAUUUAUCAAGUUUAUGAUCUUAACUGAUCUUCAAGCAGUUUUAAUCGUUGCUAACUGCUUAUUAAAAAGUUAUUAACAAAGUAAAAUAAAUAGACAAGUGUCGAACGUAAUAUAAUCUUAAUUUUA